ACCGAAAUCAAACACUUCAGUCGAACUUUCGCGAGUGUUCUCAAUCUUUUGUGUGUAAGCAAAGGAACCGUUUCCGUCCUCCCCAACCCAACUGGUAGCCCACUUUCGCUCGAUCGGCUGGAUUGCCAUUCUCCAAAAACAUUUAAUUACUUCCUACGCAGAACGUAAUCAAACAACCGUCGUUUAAAGUAUUUUUGUGAAAAACCUUUCAUUGAAAACGAGUCUACACGUGCGCCACGUCGAAUCAGUUUUUUCUUCAUAACAAGAAAGUCAAUAAGCGACAGGCGCGGGUGUACUACGUGAUACAAACCAUAGCCUACUGCUGUUAGCAAAAGCGCCUCAGCAACGCAUACAACAUUUCCGGAUUUAGUGUUCACAGCCGAUAACACCUCACCAGCAAAACAGAACGAUGGCCCCACAGCAGCGGAUCCGCAUUGCCAACGAGAAGGCAAGCAAGAACAUCACGAUGCGUGGCAACGUGCCCAAAUCGUCGAAGAACACCGAGGAAAAGUAUCCGGUUGGACCGUGGCUGCUGGCGCUGUUCAUCUUUGUCGUGUGCGGUUCGGCGAUAUUCCAGAUCAUUCAGUCGAUUCGUAUAGCAUAAGCGGGGCGAUCGAUCUCGCAACCGAUCGAUUUGCCAGCCAAAUUGCGAUGAAACCGUUUGUUCUCUUGUCGCAUUUCCUCUAUUUUUUAUGAGGAAACGCGAUUUUUCGCUUUUUUUUCUAUACGCUCGAUUUGAUUUCCAUUCCCACAUUUAUGAGCUCGCCGAAUGGGGCCGGAUCGGCCGCGAAGAGUGUUAAGGUAUUGUUUUAGUUUACGUGUUUCCAAAGCGUUUGCGCUGCUUCGGAUACCGCGUUUCCCCCCAAGAUUGGUUGGUGUAACCUUUUUGUUGUAAAUUAUGUCUGUCUCUGUUUGUAAAAUAUUGUGAUGUGACUCUAUGUUGGAAGGUUCUUCCAUGCACUGACUGAUACGAAUUUUGUUUGUUUGUUUGGAUAGCUUUGACCUUGUGAAGGCUAUGCGCUCGAGUAUGAUGUAAACAACGUCUUUGCCGUUAGAUUAAUUCAAAGUUUUCCUUAUAUGCUUUUCCAACUCUGCCUAUUCAAGAACGGAAGCAGGAAUGCAUUGCUUAUUGGAGGAAAAAGGCGUUUGGUCGAGAGAAAAAGUGAACAGAUCUUUCAAAAACACAUUUCGCACAAUUCCACGCCCUGGAUGUCAGGUGCAGAUAGAUUAAACGAAUGAUGCAGUUUAUUAACUCCAGAACCUUCUGCGUGUACGCAGAUGGUAGGUGUGGGAAAUAUGUAAACAGAGAAACAAAACGACGCAAAAGCCUUGCCUGCCACAUCACAUGCGCGAUCUAAGCCUUAAAGGAUCGAGCCCCCGAGUGAAACCUGUCAUUGCAUCGAAGCAGAAGCAGAUAAUUCCCGAAUCUAAAAAGACCAACAACGUUGCUUUUUCUAGACCAAGGUCGGACGUAUCGCGUGCGAUGAAGUAAAUGCAGCACUGUGGAUAAGCAUAACCCAAAACAAUACGAAUCGCGUAAAAAUAAAUAUCCCCCUUCACACGAUUACACUGAGACAACUCCUUUUUCGUAUACUUUCGAUGCGAAACCGCGAUCGCAGGAACAUUGAAGUAAUGGUAUACAUUAAGCAGUGAAGCACUCAAAAACUGACAAAACUAAUUUGGUGAAAAUUAUAUAUUAUCAAUGUGAAAACUACUGCUA